AUGGACAGCAAGUUCUGCUGCGUCUUUCAGCUGGCGCUGCUGCUCGGUGUUGCGCUCGCACUCGCCGGCCCUAUCGUCGCCGGCGGCAGCGUGGAGGUUGGGCUAGCCAGCAAGGCCGGCGCCGGGGCCUAUGCGGCGCGGCAGAUGAUGAUGGAGCAAGUGACGACGACGGCGAAGUCGACGAUGGGGUUGGAGGUGCACCGCCGCGUCCUCGGCAGCAUCAGCCCCAACUCGCUCAAUCCUGACAAGCCAGCCUGCCUCGGGUCGUGCCCAGCCGCCGGCAGGUCGUACACCGGCCGCAGCUGCCAGAAGGCGUACCAGUGCGGCUGA